AUGUCCCUCUCUCACGAAUACCAUCAGCCGGAUGCGCCAGACUCGCCCACCGAUGACACAGACUCCGACCUCGACCUAGACCUCCAUGAACUCGAUCCCGCUACUGGCGCGCAGUCUCGUUCGUCACCUGCAGUCCGUGGAUCGCUCGAACACGCUCGAAACUCUCUGCACGACCUUGGCAACCGUAUUCCGCUACGCAACCUGAGGGUCGGACGACGGCGGCCCCCUAGGACACAGAGCGAUGACUUUGGAGAUUCGCGAGGGCUCGCACAUGAUGGCGAGCCAAAGAUGUAUACAGCUGGCAGCGUCGACGCUGAUCACGAAGAUGACGCGCCCCUGUUAAACACCUCACACGGCCGGCGGAGGCGGAAGGACGCAGGAACCUUGAAGAGGAUAGGCUCGCGCAUAAGCCCUCCAAGCUUCAUAGCGGGUUCGAGUUCUGGGGAAGCACCACCACCAACAGAGCCAGAACCCGAUAAUGAGCACAAUCCAGCAGCGAACCGGACAGUAGCUGUGGGACAAGCUCAGAGCAGUCGCUAUCCUCCCAACGCAGUCUCAAACGCCAAAUAUACCCCCUGGUCCUUCCUGCCGCGGACGCUGUACAAUGAGUUCUCAUUCUUCUUCAACAUGUACUUUUUACUGGUGGCGCUUUCGCAAAUUAUACCCGCCUUGCGCAUCGGCUAUCUGUCCACUUACAUUGCACCACUGGCGUUUGUUCUUAUGAUCACACUUGGGAAAGAGGCGGCUGAUGACAUUACGAGACGGCGGAGAGAUGCUGAGGCGAAUUCUGAGGCGUACACGGUGCUAAGGUUCGAAGAGAGUAGCUACGGAACAACUACGAACGGCUCUGGCAACCGAGGGAUCCUUGGAAAGCGGAAGAGAAAGGCAAAUGGCAUGGCGAGAAGGUUGACGGAUUUGGAGGAAGAGGAGCAAAGUAUGGAGGGCGGUGGGAAGGGCCAGCCUACGGCCAGCUUUCGGGAGCUAAGCAAGACAUCAAAAGACUUGAAAGUAGGCGACGUAGUCAAAAUGAUGAAAAACCAGCGUGUGCCGGCGGAUAUGGUGAUACUGAGGAGCUAUACUAGCGAAAACAAGACCCUCGAGGGUGAACGCGCUUCAUCGACGGAGCAACGUCCCUCAGCAGAUCUGAUAGAUGCUGCCAAUGACAAUCCGAGCGCCGUUGACCCGGAACCGAACGGCACAGUCGAGCAAGCAGCGCAGCCUCCAAAAAUCAACAACGCCGAGCUAUCCGGAGAGGCCUUUAUCAGAACCGAUCAGCUCGAUGGCGAGACUGACUGGAAGCUGCGCCUCGCAUCACCACUAUCGCAGUCGCUGGACAUCUGUGAAUACACUCGACUGAGGGUUUUAGCUGGGAAGCCAGACAGGAAGGUCAACGAAUUUGUCGGCACUAUCGAGCUUCUACCUAGAGAGAGACACUCAUCUUACGAUCCUCACAUCGACAAAGACGCACCACCCGACGGCAGCGCAGAAAACCAAUCCCAACAAGCGUCUCCCUUGACCAUCGAUAACACUGCAUGGGCAAACACAGUGCUCGCCUCCAGCUCUACAGUGCUGGCAGUGGUAAUAUACACAGGCCCCCAGACACGCCAAGCUCUAUCCACCUCUCCCUCCCGCUCUAAGGCUGGCCUGCUUGAGUAUGAGAUCAAUUCUCUAACCAAGAUACUUUGCGCCCUCACCCUAACCGUCUCUCUGCUUCUUGUGGCUCUUGGCCGCUAUGAGCAAACAGAUCAGCGGAGAUGGUAUGUCUCGGUCAUGCGUUUUCUCAUCCUCUUUUCCACCAUCGUUCCGAUCAGCUUGAGAGUCAAUCUGGACAUGGGAAAAUCGGUCUACGCAUGGUUCAUCGAGAAGGACGAGGGCAUUCCAGGUACCGUAGUCCGGACGAGUACUAUCCCGGAAGAUCUCGGCCGCAUCGAGUAUCUACUCAGCGAUAAGACAGGGACGCUGACUCAGAAUGAGAUGGAGCUGAAGAAAAUCCAUAUCGGCACAGUGUCGUAUGCUGGUGAGGCCAUGGAGGAGGUAUGCUCGUAUGUUCGGCAGGGUCUCUCUGUCCCGCCCGACACGGGAAGUCCGACUGCAUCCUCUCUGGUUACCCCUUCGUCCUCCCACAUCGCUUCCACCUCCGCCACUCGCACGAGACGGGAGAUUGGAUCCAGGGUCCUCAAUGUUGUUAUGGCACUCGCGAUCUGCCACAAUGUCACUCCUACCACCGAAGAACAUGAGAAUGGUGAUAUGGAGACUACUUACCAGGCAUCUUCUCCUGAUGAGAUUGCUAUUGUGAAGUGGACUUCGGCGGUUGGCUUGCGCCUGCUACAGCGAGACAGGCACAGCAUGUCUCUGCAGUCCACGUCCACUGGCCAGCUCGUUGUUCGCGUUCACAUUCUGAACGUCUUCCCGUUUACCUCCGAAGGCAAGAGGAUGGGCAUCGUCGUCAGGUUUGAGCAGGGAGCCGAGAACAGGCAGGAAGCGGAUGACGAGAUUUGGUUCUUUCAGAAGGGCGCAGACACUGUCAUGUCUUCGAUCGUUGCACCAUCCGACUGGCUGGACGAAGAAACUGCGAAUAUGGCGCGAGAAGGCCUACGUACCCUAGUCGUCGGCCGCAAACGUCUCUCCUCCCAGCAAUACGCCGAGUUCUCCACCCACUACACCCAAGCGUCCGUAUCGCUGCAAUCCCGCGACACCGCCAUGGCGGAUGUCGUCAAGAAAUUCCUUGAAACCGACCUGGAGCUGCUAGGUAUCACCGGCGUGGAGGACAGGCUCCAGAGAGACGUCAAGCCCUCGCUGGAACUCCUUCGCAACGCAGGUAUCAAAAUCUGGAUGCUGACUGGCGACAAAGUCGAGACGGCUCGCUGCGUUGCGAUCUCCUCGAAGCUUGUAGCUAGGAACCAGCCUAUACAGACGAUUACGAAGCUGAAGCGGAAAGACCUUGCGCCCGGUCUACUGAACCAGCUGCAGCAAUCUUCAUCGUCUGCCCUCCUUAUUGACGGAGAAUCGCUCGGGUUCAUGCUGACGCACCAUCGGAAUGAGUUUAUAGCAGUCGCUGUGAAGCUGCCGGCUGUGGUUGCUUGCCGAUGUUCCCCAACUCAGAAAGCAGACGUCGCGCAUCUCAUCCGAAGCUACACCAAGAAGCGCGUCUGCUGUAUUGGCGACGGCGGCAACGAUGUCAGCAUGAUUCAGGCGGCAGACGUUGGAGUGGGUGUCGUAGGGAAGGAGGGACGGCAGGCCAGUUUGGCAGCUGAUUUCUCAGUGGACCAAUUCUGCUACUUGACGAAGCUGCUUUUGUGGCAUGGACGGAACAGCUACAAGAGGAGCGCGAAGCUGGCGCAGUUUGUCAUUCAUCGAGGGCUCAUUGUCUCGGUGUGCCAGGUCGUUUACUCGGUUGCGGCGAGGUUUGAGCCGAUUGCUCUGUAUAAGGACUGGCUCCUAGUCGGCUACGCAACCGCCUACACCGCCCUCCCCGUCUUCUCCCUCGUCCUCGACCGCGACGUAUCCCCGCACCUCGCACACCUCUACCCAGAGCUCUACGCGGAGCUUACAGCCGGCCGCUCCCUCUCCCACCGCACCUUCUUCAUCUGGUGCGCCAUCUCGCUGUACCAAGGCCUCAUCAUCCAAGGCGGGGCCCAGCUGCUCGUCGGGCUAGGCCGCUCCGCUGACGGCGGCGUCGACGAAGGAGCAUUUAAAAAGAUGGUCGCGGUCAGCUACACGGUGCUUGUGCUUAAUGAGCUUAUGAUGGUGGCGGCGGAGGUGGUGACGUGGCAUUGGGUCAUGAUUGCUUGUAUCGUGGGGACUGCGGCGUCGUAUGCAGUCUCGGUGCCGUUCCUGGGGAGGUACUUCGAUCUAGGGUUUGUGUGGAGCGUGGGGUUUGUCUGGAGGGUGCUGCUUAUUGGCGCGGGUCUAUUGACUUGCUUGCUCGUCACGGCUACACUGAACGUGCCGGCCCGGUACUUCGCCUCCUUCCUGUAUAUCUCCGGCUGCUUUGCCGCCAAUUCGCUCGUCCACAGUUGGGGCGCGUCAACUACCGGCCAGACGCCCGAGAAGCGUGCGUGCGCCACCGCUAUUAUCAACGUCAUGGGACAGCUGGGCAAUAUCUGGAGUCCGUAUUUUUUCAGAUCCGGCGAUUCGCCUCGAUACACGUUAGCCAUGGUGCUGAUAAUGGUCUCUUCUAUCUUGAGUGCCAUCCUCUGCGCGUUCAUGAAAGGUAAUCUACGGAGGGACAACAAGAAGUUGGUUCAGCGCUCUGAGGGCACAGGAACCAUGCCGCAGCUGUAUACGCUAUAG